AUGAGGGAGUUGAAGAAACACAAAGAUGCAUAUCAUGUAACUUAUUUGGAUACUAGAUACGUUUCUGUUGUGCAGGGACUUUCUCCUGAUCUCACUCUCAUCCCAAAGCCAAUUGCAAUCGCCAAAACACACUACUCUGGCGUUGCUAGCUAUGAGGGACUAUCGUUUCUUGCUUCCGGUUAUAUGGAAUUCAAGAACCCGUUCAACAGGCUUGGAAGAGAUGAACAAAAAGGACAGCUUGUCGCAUAUCUUAUGAAAACUCUCCAGAAUCACACGUCCAAAAUUGAGGUUGUGGGCUGCCUUUCCAACUUUCAUAAAAUCAUUUUUAUGAGAGCAAAAAGAGCACCCAAUCUUAAAACCAUCUAUUGUGAAAUCACCAAAGAGUUUGAUUUGUUUGGUGAAGAUACUACUUAUGAAGGGUGGAAGUAUUUAUUUAACAUGCUGAAAUAUAACUGUAACGAAGAAUUAACAAUAUCUCCUGCAAUUGAGCACAAUUUCGAGUUAACACGUGGUAAAGGGGCUUCUUCGUAUGUGUAUGCUAUGAACAAGAAGUCUAUUGCUCUAAAACUGUUUGCACCAUGUGAAGAAACAAUGCACACCUUUAAAAACGAAGCACAAACUUUGAUCAAGCUAAAAGGGAUUCCUGGACUUCCUGAAAUACUUGAUAUUAAGCUUCACCAAUUUUAUUCUGUUCAGUCCAUUCCCGUCAAAGUCCAAUAUUUAAGUCUAUGCAAAUGUCAACAAGAUACAUUGAAUCAAGCCAUUCGCAAGCCACUUUCUCACAUCUCUUCCGUUACCAGGUAUCAGUUGUCAUUGAAUCAGGUUUGCCAUUGUCAACCUUCAUUAAGGCCAUUUAUAUAG